AUGGUCAACCCUGCCCCAAUUUCUGGAUGGACAUUGGAGGAUUGCAAAGCCAGACAGAAAGUCGUUCGCUCUCGCAUUACAAACUGUCACAGUCGCAUCAACCACAUUGUACGUGGACACUUCUCUCGACGUGAUGCUGAGAAACUUUUAGCAGAGGCCCGAGUCUUCUUGGGAGAGUUAGAAGAAAUCCACAACCGUUUCAUCUUGUUGAUAGAAGAUCAGGACGCUAUCUCGCCACAGACUGCGUUGCACUUGAUAUAUGCUUCAGUCAUUGAUGACUCCUCAGCAUUGAUCGAGAAUUAUCUACUUCUCCGACAGGAUGAUGCCUCAUCAGUAGUGGUUGAGUCUGCGGAAGAGACGGCGAGACGACAGGCAUUGGCAACAGCAGAGCAACGUCUACGAGAUGCUCGAGCCGAGCUAUCUGCCACUGAACAAGAGGUUAUAGAUCUUGGAGGUGAAGUUACCAUCACGGAUUCAUCAGAGUUGAAUCCAUCGGACUCGGUGUCGCAAAUUGGUCGACGAACUGAUCCUUCGCCAGUUGCCUCUGCAGUAGCUCCUGAUGCUUGGAUCGAUUUGUAUGUGGCUGGAAGAGAGAAACCUCACGUUCGAGGAAAAGGAAACAAGUCAUUCGUUACUAUUCAGCUGGAGGUGUAUUCAGGACAGGCGUUAGAUUGGUUCGCCUGGAUCAGCAUGUGGCAUGCUUUGGUACACACUACCAGCAAGACAGCAAGCGAGAAACUUGCCAUUUUGAAGAACUACUUAAAGGGAGACUUGGCUGACAUCGUGUACGGACAUGGAGGUGGAGAAUCUGGCUACAAGGAAGCGUUGCAACGACUUAAAAAGACUGGACAUACCGACAUUAUUGAGAGACUUACUCGAAAACUUCCACUGACGGAUCGAUUUGCGUGGAACGAGGGUCGGGGAGCUGAUUUGGAGCGUAGAACGAUCAACGAGUUUGGUCGAUGGUUAACCGCAAGAGCCGUCACUUAUCAAAAUGCUUACGCGAUUGCUGAGGAUCAACAACUUCCAGGAUCUGGUAACCAGAAGAACAAUCAUCAGCCUUCUCAUCAGUCUCAACCGAGACCAUCGCAGCAGCAGAAGAGGAAUGUUCGGGCUCAUCAUAGAGCGUCUAGUACCCACAACCAAAAGGAGCCUGGCUCGACUGAGCAAAAGGAAAAGAAGAAUGCUGAACUCUAUUGCUUCAAGUGUGAAGGACCUCAUCGCUUGGAAGAUUGCAUCUUCUUCAAGAAUCUUCCUAUUAGCGACCGACUGACAUUCGUGCAACGUCGCGGUUUAUGUUACGGAUGCUUUGGUCUGACUUAUCAUCGACUCCUACAUAAAGAAAAGACGCCUGCUGAGAAAACUGCUAGGACACACACGCUGAGAGCUGAUCGCCGACAAAUCGCAUUCAAGGUGAUCCGUGUUGACGCUCUCGAUGUAAAUGGGGAAGCAGUACCUGUCAACGUUCUGAUGGAUGACGGAAGUGAUUCAACGCUCAUUCGAGAGGGGCUGGCGCGGCGACUUCAGCUUGCUGGCCAGCAACAGACUUUAGUUGUGAAUGGAGUCGGAGAAGAAUCAUCGACUCACUUGACUUCUGAAUAUCUCGAACUACGACUGAAGACUUCAUCAGAAGAGAUAGUGUCGAUCCAGGGCUCCACUAUACCAUCGAUUACCAAACCAGUCGCAGUGAUGGAGUGGGAGAAGCUACACGGCCGAUGGAGCCACCUGGCGGAUCUGCCCCCUCUACGCACUUGUGGUGGCCGAGUUGACGUUUUGAUUGGAUUAGACCAUGCGGCCCUUAUUACAGCGAUUGAAUCCAGAUUUGGCAAGGAUGACGAGCCGACCGCCUCCAAGACUCGAUUAGGAUGGACUUUGCAGGGAGCCGUUGAGGGUAGCGACGGAUCCAGUAUCGCUCGAGUCCACCACGUCAUCACGGACGCUGACAUCAACUUACAACUGGUGGAGCAGGUCCGGCGCUUCUGUGACACGGAGUCUUUCGGAACCGAAUUCAAGGCGGAUUGUAUGUCUGCUGCUAAUCAAAAAGCAGUGACCAAAUUGGAAUCAGAAACAGAAAAGCUGAGUGUUGGAUAUGCGGCGCCGGUAUUAUGGAUUGAUGAUGAUCCUCCUGAGAUUCCUGACAGCCGCCAUACAGCAGAGAUGCGGUUGAAGAGUCUACUGAACAAAUUCACCAGAGGUCCGGCUGACUAUGAGAACUUUUACCGGGCAGCCAUGGAGAAGAAUUUCACCGAAGGAUACGCACGGCGUUUGUCAUCCGAAGAGAUCCAGCAGAAACCUAGCAAGUAUUUCUUGCCCCAUUUUGGAGUUCCAAAAUGGCCGGGUGACCUGAGUUGCGGCUUGUCUUUGAUGCAGCCGCCAAGUCACAUGGAAAAUGCCUGA